AUGCGCUUUUGCUCUCGUGUGAGCUCUGCCCAUGCACGACAGUCGCUGCCGUUGCGGUGUAGCAGUCGUCUGCACUCUGCGGGGGCCACGUCCACGGACUCGCAGCGGCAGCAGCGUUACUAUUCACUCGGCGAGUACCUGCAGCGUCUCCCACGCGGGUUUCGGGAUGCACUGCUGUGGUCGCCAGCCCUGGCCACCGCGUACUUUAUGUUUUACAAGCAGCCCGUGUACUAUCUCCCCUCCAGGAGACGCAGACUUCUGCGCCGCCCCACCGAUGACGUUACGGCUUCUGCUGGCGCUGCGGCUGACUCUGCUGCUGCGUCUGGCGGUGCGCAGGGAGACGGUGCCAUUCCUGCUGUGCAGAUUCAGCUCGAUGAUGCCGCUGGCAGUGUGGUGGAAGGCAUGCUACUCCCCAUGCUGGACGACGGCUCGACAGCUGCGGCUGCACCCUCGCCGCCGAUUCCGCCGUUCAUCACCGGCNCUGUGGCGCACGAUGUGACACGACGGCGGCUGCGCGUUGAGCGCGACGUGGACACCGGCAGAGUGACUGGGUACGCCGCUGUGUGA